AUGCAUAUUGUGGCUGCACGUUUUCAGUUUGGAAAGUGUUUAAUGAAACACGAGUCCACAUAUAAAGACUGGGUAGCGGAACUCCGUGGUCUUACGAGAAAGUGUAAUUAUAUGUGUAGCGGAGAAUCUUGCAACAACAGUUAUGUGGACAAAAUGAUUAGAGAUCAAAUAAUUCUGCACACCCCACACGAUGCAGUGAGAGCCGCUGCGCUUCAAAAAACUCUGCCGACGUUAGCAGAAGUUUUACUUAUUGCUGAGUCGUACGAAGCGACAAGCAAAACGGUUGCUACAAUUAAAUUUCCAGAAUUUGAUGCUGAAAUAUUAAAACCAGUGCAAUUUAGUGAAUGGGCAUCACCUAUCGUGUUAGCCAAAAAACCUGAUGGCUCGGUUCGUAUUUGCGCAGAUUUUAAAGCUACUGUGAAUCCACAAAUUGAUGUUGAACAAUAUCCAUUACCUUUGCGCGAAACGUCGAUUAAUAUGUUGCGACGUAAAGAUGUACCUUUCCGUUGGGGUACCGAGCAAAAUCGCGCAUUUAUGCAAUUAAAAAAUUUAAUUAUAAAGGCUACUGAAUUAGCACAUUAUCGGGAAGAUUUACAAUUACAUGUUGCUGCUGAUGCGUCGUCAUAUGGAAUCGGUGCUGUAUUAUCUCACAUUUUGGCCGAUGGUUCUGAAAAACCAAUUGCUUUUGCAUCAAAAACAUUGGAUCAGCAUCAAGUAAAGUAUAGUCAGAUAGAAAAAGAAGCUCUUGCUAUAGUUUUUGCAGUUCAACGCUUCCAUCAGUAUAUAUAUAGUCGAAAGUUUAUUCUAGUAACUGAUCACAAACCAUUGGUAAGUAUUUUCCAUCAAAAUAAACAACUGCCAGUUAUGACUGCUAAUCGCCUUCAGCGAUGGGCUAUUAUUUUAAUGGGAUACCAAUAUGAUAUUAAGUAUCGUAGUACUAAAGAACAUGCAAAUGCUGAUGCACUAUCUCAAUUACCACUGGGACCAGAUGUGGACUUUGAUAAGCAGGAGUGGUGCAAUAAUGUAGAAGAGAUGAAUCUGCCAAUAAACCAUAAUCAAAUACAAAAGCAUGCAGCAAGUGAUUAUCUAUACAACCGUGUUAAAAAAUUUGUCAGUGAAGGUUGGCCUAUAAAGUUAAAAAAUGGCGAGUUAAUGCCUUACUUUACUCGUAAGCUUCAAUUGACAAUAGAACAGGGGUUACUUUGUCUACAGGGUAAUGCCACCCGUGUAAUAAUACCGAAGGCUUUACAAAAAAUUGUUUUGCGACUUUUGCAUGAAGGACACUGGGGCGUAAUAAAAAUGAAGCAAUUAGCACGUCAACAUUGCUGGUGGGUCGGCAUAGAUAAAGAUAUCGAACGAGAAGCAGCAAAGUGUACUAUUUGUUGUAUAAACAGUGCUAGCCCCAAAAGAACAUAUGCAUCCUGGCCGACACCUGAAGCACCAUGGGAUCGCAUUCAUAUAGACUUCGCAGGACCUGUUUUCAAUGCAAUGUGGCUUAUUUGUGUGGAUGCUUUUUCGCAAUUUCCAUAUAUUAUUUGUUUAUUUGGCACAACUUCCGCUCAUACAAUUAUAGCUUUGAAAUCAAUUUUCGCAAUUGAAGGUCUUCCCAAAUGCAUAGUCAGCGAUAAUGAGCCGCAAUUAACGUCAGAAAUGUUUAGAACAUUUUGCUAUAAAAAUGGUGUCAAACACAUUACGACAGCUCCUUUCCAUCCAGCCUCAUUUAAGGAAUCGCGUUGUGAUACCAAAAACCAAAAUAACCAAGAAAAUAAUAUUCAACCUGAAGAAUUGACAUGGCAAACAAUAUCAUCACAAGGUCAUAUUCCAGAGCCUGAAAAGUCAGCUGUUAAUCCUUCAAAUGCAUUCGAAGAACUACGUCGUAGUACGCGUCCUCGAACUCCUAUACAGCGGUAUCAAGCUGAUAACUUUUUACAGAAAAAGAAAUAA